GUAUUUCCAGUCCCUCUGUGGAGUCACUACGUAGCGGCAGCGCUGCUAUUCCUGAGUAAAUUAGUGUGGUGUUCGUGUGACUAUGUUUGCAUUAAAUAUAUUUUGACUUUCUGUAAUGUAAAAACUAUUGUUAAGCUUAAUUUAUUAAUGCGAAAUGGCUCCUACAAUUCAAACGAACGGCAGUACAAGUGACCGGGAUAAACGUGGGACACGACCAGCAGAGAAAAGAUCCGAAUUAAUAUGUAGAGUUAAAUAUUGCAAUACUUUGCCUGAUAUACCAUUCGACCCUAAAUUUAUCACAUAUCCUUUUGAGUCUACUCGAUUCAUUCAGUAUAAUCCAACAUCAUUAGAACGGAACUAUAAAUACGAAGUAUUGACAGAACAUGAUUUAGGUGUAGAAAUUGGUCUUAUAAAUAAAGACACUUAUGCUGGAGACGUUAAUGCCCAAUUGGAUCCAGCUGACGAGAAGCUUCUAGAAGAAGAUGUCCUCACUCCUCAAGAUUCCAAAAGAUCUAGACAUCAUGCCCGGAGCGUGUCUUGGCUUAGGAGGACAGAAUACAUCUCAACCGAACAAACCAGGUUUCAGCCACAAACUGUGGAUAAGGUUGAGGCUAAAGUCGGUUACAGCAUCAAAAAGAAUUUCAAAGAAGAAACGUUGUACAUGGAUCGUGAGAGUCAAAUAAAAGCUAUAGAAAAGACGUUCGAAGACAAUAAGAAGCCGAUUGAAAGACAUUACAGUAAACCGAAUGUGGUACCUGUAGAAAUUCUACCGGUAUUUCCAGAUUUCAAGUUGUGGAAAUAUCCUUGUGCGCAAGUCAUAUUCGAUUCAGAUCCGGCUCCGACUGGACGCUCUGUGCCAGCUCAGAUCGAGGAAAUGUCACAAGCUAUGAUUCGGGGUGUGAUGGACGAGAGCGGUGAACAAUUCGUGGCGUACUUCUUACCCUUGGAGGAGACGUUAGAAAAACGUCGAAGAGAUUUCACAGCCGGUAUUGAUUACGCGGACGACGAGGAAUACGAAUAUAAAAUGGCUAGAGAAUAUAAUUGGAAUGUAAAGAGUAAAGCUUCGAAGGGAUACGAAGAAAAUUAUUUCCUCGUUAUAAGACAAGAAGGGGUGUAUUAUAAUGAGCUGGAGACGCGAGUACGUCUUAGUAAACGUCGUCAAAAGGCUGGCCAACAACCGAAUAAUACUAGAUUGAUAGUGAGGCACAGACCAUUGAAUGCCACUGAAUUCAAGAUGCAGAGAUACAGGGAAAAGCAAUUGGAACCACCGGGCGAAGAAGAUGAAGACGAAGAGGAAGAAGAGGAGGAGGAGGAGGAACCUCAGCAAGAGAUGGAGAAACCAGAAGAAAGGGAAGGAUCCGAAAACGAGGCUGAGUCUAGAGCAUCGUCCCGAGCGUCGAGCAGGAAGUCGCGUUCUCGUUCGAAGUCACCGUCCAGAUCGAAGUCUCGUUCGGUGUCUCCGUCAAAAUCAAGAUCCGGUUCUCGUUCACGUUCCGAGUCUCAGUCCCCAGCUAGAUCACGCAGUAAAUCGCGAUCGAGAUCUGGUACCCCACAGUCUAGAAAUUCGUCCAAGUCUAGAUCGCGGUCGAAAUCACCAUCCAGAUCUCGUUCCGCAUCUCCGGCUAAAUCUCGGUCCGCGACACCGUCGAGCUCUAAAUUCCGGUCAAAGUCUUCCUCAAGAUCCAGAUCAAGUUCGAAGUCUCGAUCAAAAUCGAAGUCCCCUUCGAGAUCCAGGUCGAGCUCGAAAUCUAGGUCGAAAUCGAGAUCACCGUCGAGCGGUAGUGGCAGCGGAUCGGGUAGCGGUAGCGGCGAAAGCGGUUCCGAGAGUGAAUAAAUUAUUUAUAAGAUGCAUGGUACAUUUCCAAAAACUACUUGUAAUUCAUUACCUAUUUUUUAAACAUUUAAUCGUUGAAUACAUAACACAAUAGACUUAAUUUUCGUAUGAAACAGAUCUCCCAAAUGUGAAUAAUAAACGAGUAAUCGAUAAGGAAAA